GUCAACCAGAACAAUGCCGCUUGCUCUGUACACCUGUCUCCUCUGGCUCUCCACCAGUGGCCUCAUGAUGGCCCAUUCCAUGAAUAACAGCACUGAUGGGAGUUCAAUGAGUUCUCACCGAUCCCUGGCUCCCACCAAUGUUGACUUUGCCUUUGAUCUGUAUCAUCACCUAUCAGCCUUAGAUCCUCACAAGAACAUCUUAAUCUCCCCUGUGAGUAUCUCCAUGGCCUUGGCCAUGAUAUCCCUUGUCACCGUAGACUCCAAGAAGGGUCAACUUCUUCAGGAUAUUGGCUUCAACCUCACACAGAUGAAUGAAGAAGAGAUCUAUCAGAACUUCCAGCGGCUCAGUCAUCUUCUCAGCCAGUCAAACAGCAACUUGAAGAUGAACGUGGGCAGCACCAUAUUCCUUGACCAGAGCUUGAAUCCGAGGGACUCAUUCUUAGCAGACAUCAAACGCUAUCAUGAGUCAGAGGUCUUGACCACCAAUUUCAAGGACUGGGCUAAAGCCCGUGAUCAUAUCAACAAGCAUGUGGAGAGUAAGACACAGGGGGAAAUUACACAUGUGUUCUCAGACCAAGACAGUCCAGCUCCCCUCAUCCUGGUCAACUACAAUCUCCUCAAAGGCAUGUGGGAGCUUCCCAUAAGCCCAGAAAAUACCAGGGAUGGGGAUUUCCACGUGAACGAGACCAGUACAGUCAGGGUGCCUAUGAUGUUCCAGUCAGGCGUCGUCGGUUAUCUUCAUGACUCAGAGAUUCCCUGCCAGCUGGUACAGAUAAAGUAUUUGGAAAAUGGAACUACCUUCUUCGUCCUUCCAGACCAGGGCCAGAUGGACACUGUCAUCUCUGCACUUAAUAGGGACACAGUUGAGAGAUGGGACAAGCUUCUGACCAAAAGGCAAAUGAACCUGUACAUCCCCAGAGUCUCCAUGUCUGGUACCUACAACCUUGAAGAUGUGCUGGUGGGCAUGGGCACUACAAGCUUUUUCACCAACCAAUCAGGUUUCUCAGAUGCCACCCAGGAUUCUCCACAGAAGGCAUCAAAGAUAGUACACAAGGCCGUGCUGCAAUUGGAUGAGACGGAUGAACCGCCUGUUGCCACCGCAGGAGCUCCACAACAGCCAACGUCUGAACCGCUCGCCCUCACCUUCGACAGGCCCUUCAUCGUCAUGAUAUUUGACAACUUCACGUGGAGCAGCCUGUUGUUAGGCAAAAUCAUGAAUCCCGCUUAGUGCAUGCCAGAGAAGCCAUGGUAGUACCUGACUUUGCGGGGGUAGAAGCCUUUCCCUGGUCUUUUCCAGGUUCCCCCAACCCAACCAGGUAUCCCUACUUUUAGAUAUCUUGUAAUGCAUAACUGUUGUUACUGCUCCCAAGACAGUCACUGAGAUAUAUCAAACAGUUAUUAA